CAGCUGUUUAAAAAUGAUAAACAAUAAUUGGCAAAAGUUUGUUUUUCUGUAAUUUAAAUAACCAAUAACACAAAACUAAGUUUCAAUGUAUUAUAAUAUAUUAAAUAAAAUUAUAAAAAACAGCAACUAAUUUUUCCAAUGUGAACUACACAUUUUAAGAGUGUUAAACUAAACUAGAAUCAUGGAUCGUUGUCCUGGUCAGUAUUGCGGACGCACUUUGCAUGACAAUGGUAGUUGGUCCGAUUGUGGGGCAUGUGAGCGUGGCUAUCGCGUAAAUGAAUCAUUCGUUUGCUCACCAUGUCGUGAUGAAUUGAACACUUACUCUUGGUUGUAUUUAGGAUUUAUGGCAAUGUUGCCAUUAAUGCUGCAUUGCUUCUUCAUUGAUUUAAAUGCGAAGGAUCGCAAAUUUUCACGCAAGCAAUUAAUACUUACGGCCUGUGCCUUCAUAGAGGUAACACUUUCGGCAAUAUUAUCCAUAUUACUUAUGGAACCAAUGUGGGAAUUUCGAUUGCAUUCUUGUGGUGUUCGUAAAUUCACUGAUUGGUAUACGUUGUUCUACAAUCCAUCUCCAAACUACGAAACUCGUUUGCAUUGCACUCAAGAAGCUGUAUAUCCACUUCAAACUAUUGUUCUCGUAUUCUACUUCCUGUGCUUAGCAACAAUGUUCUUAAUACGUCCAAUUGUUAGCUCUAUUACUGAUGUACGUGGAAAGGCUCCCAUUUAUGCGGCACUUUACUUCCUCCCGCUUUUGACAUCUAUUCAUGCACUUGCUUGCGGCCUUAUAUAUUGGUUUUUUCCAUAUUUAAGCAUUGGGAUUGCUAUGAUAACAAACGCCAUACAUUAUUCAAUCAAAUUGGAUCAGACGUUUAAAUCGCUAAUACGCUCUUCCUUGCUAGAGGUUAAAAAUUUCGUAAUUAUUUCUGUACAUUGGCUUUUGUUAGCCUACGGUAUAAUUGCGCUCGGCCAGCAUUAUGCCUUUUUGUGUCUUAUCCCAUUUCCAUCGAUUUUCUAUAUUUUAACUGUACGUUUCACGGACCCAGCCGAGUUUCGUGAAGUGGAAUCUCGACAAACCUAGUAUAUUUCUAAUAAUACUUUAGUUCAUAUUUUUGUAAAAUAUAUGUCUUAAUUUAUAAUUACUGUUUUUUGUAAU